UUUGAGGGUGUAGUAAAGGGAGGGUUUAGUGAAGGAGGUGGGUUUCAAUUCAAUUCUAAACUCUCAUCUCAUACUCUCUCCUCCCUCUCUUCUCACGAGCCCCAGCGUAGCGGGGCCUCUCCCUCACCUCCGUCCCUCUCGGCUUUCUCUCUUUCGAUCGACGGUGGUUCUCCGGCGUACUUUUUGUUUUCCGAUGGGGAAUUCAGAUGAAGUGAUCGAGAACGACAAUAGCGAUGUAGAGCAGAAGCCGAAGACCAAGCACAAGGGGAAGCACGACAAACCAAAGCCAUGGGAUGACCCCAAUAUCGAUCACUGGAAAAUCGACAAGUUUGACCCUUCUUGGAAUGAAGGCGGCAUGCUCGAAGUCAGCUCUUUCUCUACCCUCUUUCCUCAGUAUAGAGAAAAAUACUUGCAAGAAGCUUGGCCUGGCGUGAAAGGUGCUUUGAAAGAGCAUGGAAUUUCAUGUGAGCUGAAUUUGGUUGAGGGUUCGAUGACUGUUUCAACGACUAGGAAGACAAGGGAUCCCUAUAUUAUUGUGAAAGCUAGGGAUCUCAUUAAACUUUUGUCAAGAAGUGUUCCUGCCCCUCAGGCAAUCAAGAUACUGAAUGAUGAAAUGCAGUGCGACAUCAUCAAGAUUGGCAGCUUAGUUCGUAAUAAGGAACGAUUUGUCAAACGAAGACAACAUCUUGUGGGCCCCAACUCUUCUACUCUUAAGGCACUGGAGAUUUUGACAGGGUGUUAUAUUCUUAUCCAGGGAAACACAGUUUCUGCUAUGGGUUCCUUUAAAGGUUUAAAACAACUUAGGAAGAUAGUGGAGGACUGCAUACUGAAUAAAAUGCAUCCAGUAUACCACAUAAAGAUCCUCAUGUUGAAGAAGGAGCUUGCAAAAGAUCCUGCACUUGCAAAUGAGAACUGGGACAGAUUUCUUCCUAACUUCAAGAAGAAAAAUGUUAAGCAAAAGAAAGUUAAGAGUAAAGAGAAGAAACCAUAUACACCAUUCCCUCCUCCACAACAACCUAGCAAGAUUGAUUUACAACUGGAAAGUGGCGAAUACUUUUUAAGUGAUGAAAAAAAAUCGGCAAAGAAGUGGCAACAAAAGCAGGAGAAACAGGCAGAAAAAACAGCUGAAAACAAAAGAAAACGGGAAGAAGCAUUUGUUCCUCCCAAGGAACCGACAAGGCUUGUUUCUGGCACAUCUAAUGAUGGUGAGAAUGAUGUGGCUGCCAUGGCCACGUCUUUAAAGAAAAAGGCAAAAGAGUUUGGAAACAAAAAAUCAUUGGAGAAUAUUGAUGCUGAAAAAUAUAUUGCUGCUAGAGAGCCACCUUCGAAGAAGAAAUCCAAGCGCUUUGAGGCAUAGCUUGCUGAAUGAAUGGAUCCUCAAAUCAUCAUGUGUUCUAUUUUUUGGUCUUUCAUCGCUCUUUGUUGAAGUACAUCUAGUCUCUCCUAAUGAAAGUUUUGUUAAUUAAUUAAGGGUAUGAAAACUUUGUUCUAUGAAAAAUUAAGAUUGCAGUGGAUGCUAAUCUUUGGACUGCUGCAACUGUUGUAGAGAGAUCAGGUAUGACAAAAAAAAUUAAUGAUGAUUCUCUUUUACUUUACUAGCCCUGUCGGGUAAAUUUGGGCCACCUAGAGUGACAUGCAUCCUUGCAUUGAAAUUA